UGCUCGGAGGAGCUCCGGAAGUUUAUUGCAGGGGUUAAACAGCUGUUCCUGUGUCUGGCGAGAAGUACGGCUGGGUCCUACCAUCUGCAGCAACAGCAGGACAGUGGCCAUGGCUGCCGAUUCAGAUGUGCUCCAUUUCCAGUUUGAGCAACAAGGGGAUGCCGUGCUGCAGAAGAUGAACAUCUUGCGGCAACAAAACCUCUUUUGUGAUGUUUCAAUCUACAUCAAUGACACCGAGUUUCAGGGGCAUAAGGUGAUUUUUGCUGCUUGUUCCACCUUCAUGAGGGACCAGUUUCUGCUCAGUCAGUCCCAGCAAGUGCGCAUCACCAUCUUGCAGAGUGCCGAGGUAGGCAGAAAACUGCUGCUCUCCUGCUACACUGGUGCUCUGGAGGUGAAAAAGAAGGAACUCUUGAAAUAUCUCACAGCUGCAAGUUACCUGCAGAUGGUGCAUAUUGUGGAGAAAUGCACCGAGGCACUAUCACGGUACCUGGAAAUGGAUGCUUCUGUGGAGGGAAACAGCAGAAGCCCUGAAAAAUGCCACUCUUCUGACAUGGAGCUAGGAGGCAAAGAGGCCAGUCUGGAUAAAGACUGUGAAAUUAUUGAGAUUUCAGAAGACAGUUCUGUGAAUUUAGAUGAUAAUAUAAAGCAGGAAAAAGGAGAUGUUCAGCAGCCACCCCUGCAAGAUUUAGUACCAGAAAGGAAGGAUGUAAAAAGCCCCGAGAUAUCAACUGUUGAAAUAGGAUACAAAGAUGACGAAAUCUGCAUUUUCCAAAUGGAUUCUAUCAAUGCACCUGGUGUAGAAAAUGAGCAGUAUUCACAACCAUCUACCUCCUCUAAAACAAACUUAUAUUUUCCUGAAACUCAACACUCUUUAAUCAACUCAACUGUUGAGAGCAGAAUUUCAGAAGUGGCAGGGGGUCAAUUCCCAGGCUUCAGGGGUGAGAACCCAGAAGGAGCUGUGAGUGCUGUGAGCGGGUUCCAAAAUCCAGAGGACUCUGGCUAUUCGUGGCGCCACCAGUGUCCAAAAUGCCCCCGGGGGUUCCUCCACCUUGAGAACUAUCUCCGCCAUUUGAAGAUGCACAAGCUGUUCUUGUGUUUGCAGUGUGGGAAAACUUUCACGCAAAAGAAGAACCUGAACCGGCACAUCCGAGGGCACAUGGGGAUCCGCCCAUUUCAGUGCAUGGUGUGCCUGAAAACAUUUACUGCCAAAAGCACCCUCCAGGACCACUUGAACAUUCAUAGUGGGGAUAGGCCUUACAAGUGUCACUGCUGUGACAUGGACUUCAAGCACAAAUCUGCCCUCAAGAAGCACCUGACAUCUGUGCAUGGGAGGGGCAAUGUGGAUAAAGCAGCUUUUGACUCUAUUACUGAAGUCAGAAUAGACUAUGAUUAAUGCAUGUGUAGUUGAGGCCUGGUUUCCUGUAAAAUACUGAGAUCAGCUUCCCACUGAGGCCUCAAUUCAACAAGCUGGUCAGGAAGCUGCAUUCCAGUAUUUCCACAGGUGUUAAUUUGAGGCUUGCAAAUAGGCAUGAGCCUGAUCAAUUGAGUUAAGGAUCGCCUUCAAGCUGGGAAGAUGAACAAAAUGUCUCUUAUUCCCUUUUAGACCACACAUUUUUAUUUAGAGAGCACAAGUGCUGUAUGUGGGUGUAGUAAUUAUUUUGUGGACUCCUACUUUGGCUUUGUGUUAGGUAUUCCACAAAUAAGGCUACUAAGGUGUCAGUCCUUAAAAAGGAUGACUUUGCACAACUGGGGGUUCUGUAGAGGCAAAUCUGAAUUUAUUCCUACUCAGAAAAAAUAGAGUUGGGCCAUUCUUCCAAGCUCCCAUUUUCUGCUGCCCCAAAUAAUAUUGAUAAAUCAUGUAUGAGUUUCUGUAGUGGAAAGCAAACUGCAGGAUGGCAGGGAAAUGGAUUUAUACAGUUUUAAAAAAUGUAUAUGAAGCAGCACCUUAACGCUCUCUCUAUUUCUCUAAAAACAAGAACAACUUCAUGUUUAUCUUCCGUCUGAAAUUUCCAGUUUACUUGAGGAAUACUGGGAGAAUUUCAGAAACGCAGAAGACCUACAGCUUUGUUUCUGACUGUUCACUUAUUUACACAUGUGACUCAGUUGAAGUCAUUAGCUAUUUAAAGUUUUACAAUGUAUUUAUAUAGGUGUAACUACAUUCUGUAAGGUGAUUGGAUCCCAACUUGCUUCCCUUUCCUCGUUUGUGGAGUGCUAUCAAAUCUUCCACUGAAAGGGCCCCGAAAAUCUGGGAUUCUGUUGUCAAAGCAACUCAGAUGCUUCUGCUGCUCAGACUUUUGCCAGCAGAGACUCACAGCUGUCUUCAUCUAACAGAUAAUAUUUGCCACCUUGGCUUAUCUUGUGUGUGUGUUCCAGAAAAAGAAAGACAAGAGUUAAAAGAAAACACGCAUGUCACAAAUUGGUACUUUCUACUUCACUCAGUUGGGCAUAAUAUCAUGACCAGAGACCACUUCAAGUGAUUUGGGAAGACAUUAUACUUUGACUUCAUCUACUCUGUGGGAUGUAGUUGGGUCUGUGGGUCGCAAGCAAAAAGAUCUAGCUCAGGGGUGGCCAAACUGCAGCUCAGGAACCACAUGUGGCUCUUUCGCACGUAUUGUGUGGCUCUCAAAGCCCCCACUGCCCUAUUGGCUGCCUUGGAAAAGGCAUUUGUCUCUUUAAAUCACUUCUCCAAGCUAGCCAGUAGCUUGGAGAAUUCAUUUAAAGUUGCUUCCUUUCCACCUCUUCUCUACUCCCAUGUAUUUAUUUCCUUUCCUUCCUUCCUCCCUCAAACAUCUGACAUUCAUAUCUUGUGGCUCUCAAACAUCUGAUGUUUAUUCUAUGUGGCUUUUAUAUUAAGCAAGUUUGGCCACCCAUGAUCUAGCUGAAAAUCUAAGCAAUGGCUAUGUCCAUUGGUCUUCUUUGGCGUGCUGUCAGGCUGUCCCAUACAAUGUCAAGUUAGUUUGGUUUCCAUUUUGGUAGACAUGUUAUAAUCACACUUUUAUCCUAUGCUUAUUUUAACGGGCUCAAGUCCAUAUCGAUGUUUCUCCAUUCCAGCUUCACAACAACCCCGUGAGACAGGCUAAGCAACAGUGACUGGUCCAAAGUCAUUUAGUGACCUUUGUGGCCAAAUGAAGGUUUUACCCUGAAUUGUCCCAGUUCUCCACUCUCACUUCUCCUGUUGCAGUAGAAAACAACUAUCCUUGCUUCAUUUCUUUGCCUUCCACUUUGUUCCAUACCACUGUCUUCACUAGCAAAUACAUAUAAAUAUUUUAAAAGUCUGUAGCGAACUUAAUAGGCUAGCUCUAUUUUAUGAUCUGUUGGUCUUGGCUUUUGUAAAUUUGGAUGUAAAUCUUUUGGUGUUUUAAUCAUUGACGCCUCAAGCCACAGAAGACUGUGUACUUGUAUGGUAUUCUACAAUCUGGAAUGUAAACCCUCCAACUCCAGUCCUUUGUAAAAGAAGUUGUGUGUGUUUAUUCACAGAGCUGUAUUGCAGUUUCAAUAGGGGUCCAUUAGCUAAUUAAUCUCAAAAUGGUGUUCUGUAACUACAGCAAAGACAAUGCUGAUAUAUUGUUGUUGGUUUGCAUACAUGUUUCUUCCAUUUGGUUGUACUGAAAAUAAAGACUGCCCACACUGGCUGAUA